AUGGCCACCGGUAGCGAAUGCAUGACGGCAACUAUCAUCGUGGCGGCCACACCGUCCAUGGGAAUGAGCUACAAAACACGUAUGCCAUGGCCCAAACUAAAGCGAGAAAGCGGCUACUUUGAAUCCACGACCACAAGAAGCACAGACCCGCAAACGAUGAAUGCUGUGAUAAUGGGCUACAAGACGUGGGACAAGACUCCUACCAAGAGAUACCCCGGCCGAAUCAAUGUUGUCAUCACACAAAACCCAGAGAAAGUUCGGCCUCGGUUGCAGGGUGAUUUGAGGACAGAGCCGCUUCAUGUGGCGACAAGCCUUGAAGGCGCAAUGGAGCUUCUGUCGGAGACUUACCGGUGCUCGAGCUCGAGCUCCUCGGAUGGCUCAUUUGGCAGCGGCAGUUGGCUUCCAGAUCUGGGCCGCGUAUUUAUCAUCGGUGGGGCUGGGCUGUGUCAUGAGGCACUGCAGAUGCCGUGGGUAGAUCGUCUGCUGCUUACGCGGAUCGGAGCCGAUUUCAACGCCGACACGUUCUUUCCUUUGGAUAUUGAUGGCCGCGGGAAUGGUGAGUGGGCUCGGCAAAGUGACAGGGCUUUUCAAGACUGGGUAGGGCCUGAUGCUCCGGAUGGCAUGCAGAUUGAGGACGGAAUUGCAUGGGAGGCGUACAUGUUUACGCGGACUGCUUGA